AAUGGUCUUAUUUCAGAUGCCUUUUCACUUAGAAAAUACAACGUGUUGUGAGACACCUAUCGACCUACUCUUGAACCAGAAUUUGAUGCUAAAAAAUGUAACAUCGGAAUCACCAGAACUGUCAGGAACUGACUCACUUUUACCAUCUCUUGGGAAGUGUUUCAGUAUAGUACUACUUGGGUACUUGGCCGGUCGUUUCGGAGUUGUUCAAAAGGAUGAUAUGACAGGGUUGAAGGUGUUUACUUCCAGUUUCUCCCUACCUUCGCUUAUAUUCCUCAACUUAGCAACAUUGGACUUAGCAGCUGUCAACUGGCAUUUCAUUGUAGGCAUAUUUGUAGGGAAAUCCCUGACGUUCAUACUAGUGGUCCUGACAACGGUGGUACUGCAGAAGCCGGUUGACCUUGCAGAAGCUGGACUGUACGGAAUAUUUUGUACGCAAGGAAACGACUUUGGACUUGCUUAUCCUCUGGUAUCAUCGCUCUAUGAGAAAUACAGGCCCACGUAUCCGGGGUAUCUGUACCUUAUCUCCCCCAUAUCUCUCAUGAUCCUCAACCCAAUAGCUUUUCUACUAAUGGAGGUAGAGAAGUUACGGACGAGUGAGGGGCAAAACACCCCUUCACCCGAGAAAAAAAACGAUCAGAAACUGAAGAUUGUGAACAAGGUUCUACUCGUCCUGUGGAGAAUCCUGAAGAACCCGAAUGUCUUCAUGACGAUUUUAGGCCUAGCUGGUAACUUUGUGUUUCAAGGUCAAAUCCCUUUACUCCUGAACGAAGUGCUUCAGGUACAGUUGUUGGUUUGUUUAUUAAUAUUAUCAUAUAUUGACGUGACCGGAUGUAUAAAAACCUUAGGACAGAUACAA